AUGUCUAUCGGCAAGCUACACGAAUUUAACGUCAGCAAUGGCGCGUGGUCAUCGUACAUGGAUCGAGUGGAAAUGUACUACAAGGUCAACAAAGUGCAAGACGAAAUGAAAGUGCCAGUAUUGAUUGCAGCGAUGGGAGAUGAGGCGUAUGAGCUUCUGGAGAACUUGGCCAGUCCUACAAAGCCAUCGGACCUAACCUUAGCUAAAAUAAAGGCAUUAAUGUCAAAUCAUUUGCAGCCAACACCGUCGUCGCUAGCGGAAAGAUACCGGUUUCGACAAAGGCGGCAAAAUGGCGGUGAAAAUGUAUCUACGUAUGUGGCGGAGUUGAAAAAGCUGUCUAAGCAUUGUAAAUUUGCCUCAGAAUUAAAUGGAAAUCUAAGGGAUCAAUUCAUAUGUGGCUUAAGUAGCGAUUUAAUUAGGCAACGGCUUUUUGCGGAGGACGACGACAUAACCUUCGCAUCUGCAGUCAAACUUGCAACAUCAUUGGAGGCAGCAGAGAGGGACGCAGCGUUAGUGGAGCAGUCAAAGGUAACGGGUUCGAGCGGGACGGGAGAUGCGCAGGCUGUUAUGUUUGCGAGUCGGGCGAGAUCGAGUACAUUCAGCGGAGGACAAUCGCGGGCGCCUGUAGUUACGCAACAGCGGCGAAACGCAAAUUUUAAUGGCCGCCAAGAGAGGCACUGCGAGGCCUGUGGCGCGCGCAGUCAUAAUUACGCGGAUUGCAAGUUCCAGGACUAUGUGUGCAGCAAAUGUCAGCGGACAGGCCACUUGCGGCGGGUGUGUCCGAACUGGGGCGCGGCACCGGGAACCGCGGGCCGUGUCGGAGCGCGGGCGCCGGCCCGGCGCGGAGGGGCAGCGGCGGCGGCGCCGGCGCGGAGUGCCAUGCAUUUUGGGGUGGCCGAUCACGAACCGAGUGAGGAUUACGGCGGAGACAUCGAGGAAGAAUUACAUCAUCUAUGUUUAAAUAACUACCCGGCGAUAUGAGGCGUUGUUCAGCGACGGACUGGGGCGGUACAAGGGCGGCAAGGCGACCUUGAGGGUGCGGGAGGGCGCAGCACCGGUGUUCCAUCGCGCACGCCCGAUGCCGUACGCGCUGCGCGAGCGAGUGGACACCGAACUGGACGCCAUGCUGAGCGCCGGCGUCAUCGAGCCCGUCGACUGCUCGGACUGGGCAUCCCCACUGGUACCUAUUAAUAAGCCGGAUGGCUCCCUUAGAAUUUGUGCAGACUAUAAAGCUACUUUAAACCCGUAUUUGUUGGUCGACCGGUAUCCUCUCCCUAAAAUAGAAGAUGUUCUGGUAAAUUUAAAUGGCAAUAUGUACUAUAGUAAAAUUGAUCUUUCACAAGCGUACAACCAAAUUGAAUUGGACGAGUCUAAACGUUAUACGGUUAUAAACACCCACCGAGGGUUGUUUCAGUAUAAUAGACUGGUGUACGGCCUAUCAUCUAGUGUAGGGAUAUUUCAGCGUAUUAUGAUAAAUUUAUUGGGUAACAUACCUAAUGUACAAAUAUUUUUAGACGAUGUUAUUAUAGGGGGGCAAACUAAAACGGAACAUCUACAGGCUUUAGAAGCGGUUUUUCAACGUCUACUUACUAACGGAUUGAA